AGCGUACCCAGCGCUGACAAUGUCAAUGGCAAUGGCGCCGAGAUUUCAUUGAUCAGGGUGCACCAGGCUUGAUCAACGUCUGCUGAUUGCUGUCAUCGCACUCAGACCGUCAUUGAUCAGGUCUUCCUUUUAGUGCUGUAGGGCCGGUUUGAGCGGAUUGAGUACCCGGAACUUUUCUAUACUGGUCCGACUUCAGCAAUUGGCAGCAACCAGAAUCAGUCCAACUCCAAAUCAAGGAGGAGGAGUAUCUGCAAGAACAUCUCAGCCUGAAAGCAUGGCAAUUGCCACAGAUAACUACAGGGAAAGCAUGUACUCGGCGCUCACAGAGUACAGGCCUGGCAGCUUCUGCAUAGGUGGUGUACUCAAUGAACUCAAAGAGUUCAUUGCUCCAGAAUUGGUGGUGGAAGGGCUCGGUCCAGUCGAAUUACCACUUGCCUCAGCUCAAGCAGAGACGCUAGCAUCGUUAUGUUCUUGGCCAUUACCUAAUGCCAUCAAUGACAACAUCACAGGCCCAUGCUUACAAUUGUCGCACGACAAAUUCAGACUGACAGACAAUGGUUGGGACGAGUGCCUCCGAUUUCUGGUGAACAACGAGGUAGUGCAAGGCUUUGGCAUUCUGGACAACAUCAUUGUUGUGCCCCAGCUGGACAGACUGCUGUUGCUCCAACCUGGAGAGUCUGUACCGCCACACCGUGAAAUUGACAAGGAGGUUUGGGGCAUUCACCUGGGAACGCUGGUCAUCAGUCUUCCAUCCUCACACUCGGGAGGAGAGCUGCUUGCGCGCCAUGCCGGUCAGCAGAAGAGGUUUCCGUUUGUCCAAGAGGCCCCGUCACGGGUCCACUAUGCAGCUCAUUAUGCGGAUUGCGAGCAAGAGUUCCUGCCGGUCCAGAAGGGCUAUCAAUUGGUCCUCCUGUACAAUAUCUCCUACCAGGGUGUCCGGGAGACACUCAAGCCUCCAGACAACUCCAUGUCAGUCGCAAAGAUCAGAGAAGCAAUCAUGGCCUGGAGCCUGGAUGCCAACGGUCCUCAAAAGAUGGUGGUGCCAUUAGAGGGGUGUUUCAUCAUGGGGAACCAGCUCACGUUCGAUACGAUCCGUGGCUCCGAUCGGGCCAUGGUGGAAGCUCUCAUGCAGUCUGCCCAGACUUCGGAGGGCCCUCUAUUCCAUGCAUAUCUCGCCACGCUAGCUCAGCGCGAGAUUGCUCUCAUCGACGAGGAAGACGAUGACGUCAUACUGGAACGCUCCGGGAUGCUCAAGGACCUGCUGGCACCGAAGGGUCAGACCGCGCCCUGCCGGAACAUGAGCUUCAGAGAAGAUGAAAUUCUGUUGGAGAUGCUUGACGAUCCAGAGUUCUUCGACGAAAGAAUACUUGUGGAGGCGACCGAGGACCAAGGCGAGACGGUCGAGCGCUGGGGUUCGAAAGCCGCGAUUGUCGUGUGGCCGCUCACAAAGCGAUGGGACAUAGCCCUCGCUGAAAACGCGGAUAAAGCACUGCAGGGGAGCAUUCUCUUUCUACUAUUCUUAGCCAAAAAGCAGAGCUGCGGAAUGGGCAACAAAGACCGCGACGCGGCUACGCUCAUGGAGACCGUCCAAGGCGUCCGCGAUGCUCUCGAGGCUGCUUGCACAUCUGAUUGCCACCUGUCAUCAGGACAAGCGACGACAGUGCUCAACGCCGUGACGGAGCACGGCCGUCUGACGGACAUGGAAGAGCUUCGGUGCGCCUUGAAAGCGGUUCAGCAGGCAGACUUUCAACGGCUAUCUUCGGCACAACUCUCACGAAUGGCCAAGAUUGUGGAGGAAGAUGCGAAGUCGCUGCGCCUUAUGGAGGAAAGGCCUGGCAACCCGGAUAUUGUCCCAGUGUGCACAUUCUGCAAGAGCACCGCCGAGAAGAAGCAAGUAGAGAAGUUGCGAAGGUGUGGGGGCUGUCUGAUACCGUUCUAUUGCGGAGUCAAAUGCCAAAAAGCGCACCGCAAGUUGCAUAAGCCGUACUGCAAAGCAGUUGCCGGGUAA